GGCAUACCAUACGCCACACCACCGGUGGGUGACCUGCGUUUCCGACCGACAGUUCCCAUAAGUUAUGCGCAAAACAUAACAAUAAACGCAACAAACUUUGGCAACACUUGUCCGCAGACGGGCUAUACAUUGCCCGACAACGAGGACUGUCUGUAUCUAAACAUAUGGACGCCAACACUGAAUACUAGCGCAAAGUUACCUGUUAUGUUUUGGAUCUAUCCUGGUGGUUUCUACAACGGAUCUGCCGAUCAAUAUGACGGUCGAGAUUUUGCCAUAAGAGGCGUGGUUUAUGUAUCCAUGAAUUUUCGUCUAGGUGCUUUAGGCUACCUGUGCACCAAUAGACCGGACGCGGCCGGAAAUAUGGGUGAAUUGGAUCAGAGAAUGGCAUUAAAAUGGACGCAACAAUAUAUCGGCCACUUUGGCGGUAAUGGCAAUGAUAUUACACUGUUUGGUCAGAGCUCGGGUAGCAUAUCGGUGAGCGCACACAUGCUUUCCAAUGCAUCCAAUGUUUACUUCAAGAAAGCUAUUCUACAAUCGGGCACGAUUACCACAAGCAUUUUUGGCUCAAAAUCGGCCAACACUAUGCUUGCUAAAAAGUUUGCUACGUUUGCUGGUUGUAAUCCGCACACAAAUUACGUCCAAUGUUUACGUAGAAAGUCUGUGGCCGAGAUAGUGUCGGCACAAAAUAAUGCCUAUUUAUGGAAUAAUAAGAAUACGAUUGGCAUUCAAUUCGUAUCAUAUAAACCGUUUGGCAUCUGCUAUGACAGCGAGUACUUACCCCACAAUCCCAUUGAGUUAUUACGAAGACGUAAUUUUCGGUCUAACCUAAAAGUCAUAACUGGGCAUACGAUCAUUGAGGGGGCAUUUCUGUCACCACUGCUUAACGUUGUUAUACCCGAAUGGGGUCAAUACUAUCCCAACGUUACAGUCGCUCCCAUUGAUAAACAAGUUGCUUACGAUAACUUAUGUACAUUAUUCGCAAACACACCUUAUGUUCAACAGUUGACACAUAAAUAUACGCAAACUUUUAGUAACCGGUAUAACGAUAGCCAAAGUAGUGGUUUACGGGCGGCUGUCGUACAGGCGUUUUCCGAUUACGCCUACACGUGUCCGACGAUAUUGUUUGGCCAGUAUUUGGUUCAAUAUUCAAAUUUCUCGGUUAAUUUACAUCAAUAUUACCUGAAGUACGCCAAUAGUCAGUCGGAUUGUUAUAACAGCACGUGGUGUUAUGGAGCCAAACAUACCGAUGAUUUGCCGUUAGUUUUUGGUCAACCAUUUUAUGAGCCCAACUAUACGGACACCGAUCGAUACAUGAGUGCACUUGUAAUGGAUAUAUGGACAACAUUUGCGAAAACAGGUACUUUGCCCAAAGUGAAUGACAAACGUUGGCUGCCAUACACACCACUACCCAAUGGUGGGGGCAUACCAUACGCCACACCACCGGUGGGUGAUCUGCGUUUCCGACCGACAGUUCCCAUAAGGUAUACACAAAACAAGACAAUUAUGACCACAAAAUACCGCAACGAUUGUCCACAAAAUGGCAACUCAUUGGAUAAAUACGAGGACUGUUUGUAUCUAAAUAUAUGGACCCCAACACUGAACACAAGUGCCCGCUUACCCGUGAUGGUGAUGAUAUCACCAGGUGGUUUUUUGGUUAGUUUGACCACGACUAUCAUGGGUCAACUGUUGGCAAUUAGACAUGUGGUGUAUGUGCAAAUGAAUUUUCGCCUAGGUGCUUUAGGCUACCUGUGCACCGAUAGACCCGAUGCGGCCGGAAAUAUGGGUGAAUUAGAUCAGUCAAUGGCAUUGAAAUGGACGCAUAGAUAUAUCCGGCACUUUGGCGGUAAUGGCAAUGAUAUUACACUAUUUGGUGAGAGCUCAGGAAGCAUAUCGGUCAGCGCACACAUACUGUACAAUGCGUCCAACAUAUACUUUAAGAAAACAAUUUUGCAAUCAGGUUCAAUAUUCAGCAACGAUGUCGGAUCGGUAGCCGAUAAUACACAAGUUGCCAAACGAUUUGCACAAUUUAUGGGCUGUAAUCCUAACAAAAAUUACGUCCAAUGUCUGCGCGGAAAGUCUGUGGCAGAGAUAGUGUCGGCACAAAAUAACGUUCAAUUGUGGAAUAAAGGGAACCAAACGGCCAUUCAAGUCAUUGCUUACAAACAUCCGUUUGGCAUAUGUUAUGGCAGCGAUUAUUUACCCCACAGUCCCAUAGAGUUACUACGGAGACGUAAUUUCCGACAGGAUUUACAAGUACUAUCCGGACAUUUAAUAAUAGAAGGUGCUUUAAUCUCACCUGAUUUCGGUUAUGUGAUACCCUGGUGGGGUCAAUACGAUCCUACUGUAGCCACUGUGCCCAUUGACAAACAACUGACCCAAGGUGAUAUAUUAACAAUAUAUGCAAAUGCCCCGUUCGCCAAUAGGUUAGCCCAAAAAUAUACCCAAGGGUUUAGCGAUCGGUUCAAUGAUAGUCAAACUCAAAGCCUUCGGGCGGCUGUCGUUCAGGUGCUCUCCGACUACCGGUACUCGUGUCCGACGGUAUUGUUUGGCCAGUAUUUGGUUCAAUAUUCAAAUUUUGCGGUUAAUUUACACCAAUAUUACUUGACGUACGCCAAUAGUCAGUCUUAUUGUUAUAACAGCACGUGGUGUUAUGGGGCUAAACAUUUCGAUGAUGUACCCUUAGUUUUUGGUCAACCAUUUUAUGAGCCCAACUAUACCGACACCGAUCGAUACAUGAGUGCACUUAUGAUGAAUAUAUGGACAGACUUUGCGAAAACUGGGUAA